CAGUCGAGACGGAGACUUCAAUCAUGAAACUCCUUUUAAUAGUUUUAUUUUCGUUCGUUGUUUUUUCAACAAGUCAAAUUCUUGAAGACGAAACUUGCGAUUUAGUCGACAUAGUAUUCGUACUAGAUUCCUCUGGAUCAAUCAAGCCACCAAAUUGGUUAAGACUAUUAAGUUUUACUAAAAAUGUUACUGAUAACUUUAGAAUAGGACCAACUUUUACUAGAGUUGGUGUUGUCGUUUAUGGUAAUAAAGCCAAGCCGGUCUUUCAUCUUAACGAAUAUUCUGACAAGAAAUUGCUAGGAAAUGCUAUUUUAGGCAUUAAAUAUCUUGAUCAGAAUACAAAUACUUCUGGUGGUAUUCGUGUUAUGCAUGAACAGAUGUUUACCACUGCUAAUGGUGAUCGUCCUAACGCUCCUAACAUAGCCGUUGUUAUAACGGACGGUGAAUCUACCUUCGACAAAGAUCAAACUGUACCAGAAGCCAAUAAGGCUAGAGAUAAAAAUAUUAUUAUCCUAGCUAUUGGUAUUGGUGAGAAAACUAGUAAAUCAGAAUUAGAGGGUAUUGCCAAUAAGCCUUCGGAAAAGUUUGUCUUUAACGCCGACUUCGAUACUUUGGAUUCUAUUCGUAAAUUAGUGGUAGAUACAGCAUGUACAGCCGUUAGCGAUUGUCGGCAAGGUUCAGACGUUGUAUUUCUUAUGGAUUCAUCGGGUUCGGUUGGUCAUACAAACUUUAACCACCAAAAGACGUUCGUAAACAAUAUUAUACGUAAAUUGAAUAUUGAGGCUGGCCAAACUAGAGUUGGCGUAGUUACUUAUGGAGGUUCCGCCCAAAUUGGUUUUAAUUUAAAUCAAUAUACAUCAACCGAUCGAAUCAAAACGGCUCUGAAUAAUCUUAGAUAUAUGGGUGGAACGACAAACGUCGCAAGCGCUAUUAGAACAGCUUCAGAGAGAAUGUUUGGUACUGGUGGCGAUCGUUCAAAUGUAAGAAAUAUAAUGGUAUUGAUUGGAGAUGGUAAUUCAAACAAUAUGAUUGAAAGUACGUCCGAAGCCAGUAAAGCUAGACUAAAGGGAAUCACAAUUCUUGUUGUUUCUGGUUCAGAUUGGGUUGAUAGAAUAGAAAUGGCCGAAAUAGCAACAGAUCCAGACACAUUAAACGUUUUCAAUUCGACAAGAUUUAGACAAUUGUCUGACGUAGCUGGUGCUUUAACUAGAGCUAUUUGUAACGAUGUCGUUGAGUGUCAAGACAAUUCCUGCAACAAUGGAGAGUGUAUCGAUGAUAUCAAUAAGUUUACCUGCAGAUGUCGCAAUGGAUUCGUUGGACCAAGAUGCGAGUACAGAUGCCGUGAACAAGCGGAUGUAUCCAUAGCAAUUGACUCAUCCGAUUCGAUAGGACCAAAAAGAUAUUAUGCCGUAUUAAAUUAUGUUAAAAACAUUGUCAGAGGACUUCCACUCGAGAACAAUGUACGAGUAGGAGUAUUGACAUUUGCGGAUCAAACAAUCGUUAGAUUCCCAUUCAAUAAGUAUAGGAACUCUGAUGAGGCAGCUAACGCCCUAAGUUUUCCUUUUAUGAAUGGUGCAACAAAAACUUCUCAAGCACUUGUUCAAAUGAGAGACAUGUUUAAUUCGGCUAGACGAAAUGUUCGAUCAGUCGGUAUUGUUAUCACUGACGGAAUGUCUGCUAACCCAGAUCAAACUUGGAAGAAUGCCGUCGAGCUGCAUAACAGAGAUAUAACAAUGCUCGGGGUCGGUCUUAAAGUCAAUAGUAAAGGUCUUAGUGAAUUAGAGGGUAUUGCGUCUGAUCCAAACGAUAAGAAUAUAUUACAACUUAACACUUUCGAUGACCUAUACAAUCCAAGAUAUACUUUGCAAAUGAUUGAUGCCAUUUGUAAUAACAUCAACAAUUGCGCAAGUAAUCCAUGUUCAAAUGGCGCACGUUGUAUCGAUGGUAUAAAUACUUAUACUUGCGAAUGUAACUCUGGAACAACGGGAAAAAACUGCGAAAGACGCUGCGAUGCUCAAGCCGAUAUUGCUUUUAUAAUAGAUGUUUCCGGUUCCAUUCGAAGACAUAGAUUGGAAUUAGUUAAACAAUUUACCGCAGAAAUAGUUGAUCAGUUUGAAAUAUCACGUACAAAAGCCAGAGUAGCCGUUUUAUACUUUUCCGACAAUUCUCACCUUCACUUCAAUCUCGACGCUUACUAUGACAAAGGGGACAUUAUUCACGCUAUUAAAAGGAUACCUUUCUUAUUCGGCAGGACUCAUACAGCUGCUGCUCUAAAAAUGGUCAGAGAUUCAGUUUUCAAUGGCAGAGGUGGAGAUAGACCUAAUGUUGUAAACCACUGUAUUGUUAUUACGGAUGGCCAAUCAAAUGUAAACCCAGAAAAAACUGUACCCGAAGCUAUUACUGAUAGAGUCUCAGGUAUUCAUAUAACUGUUGCUACAAUCGGGGACGGAACCAAUAAGCUGGAGAUCAAAGGAAUUGCAAGCUCACCCGAUUUCUCAAACGUAUUUACUGUUGAUAAAUAUGAGAAAUUACCUUCCAUGAUUAGUUCGAUUGUUGGUUCUACAUGCGACGAAACGAACGAAUGUUCUAGCAGCCCUUGUAGAAAUGGCGGAAGAUGUAUUGACGAACUGGGACAGUUCUUUUGUUUAUGUAAUGGAGCCUACAGCGGUGAAAGAUGCGAAAGAAGAUGCUCCAGACAAUUUGAUGUGGUCUUCCUAAUCGAUGCUUCCGGUUCACUGGAGGAAACUUUUGAAUGGCAAAUGAAACUAGUUCGUAAAAUUACAAUGGGAUUGAACUUUAGUAGCGGAAGGACUCGUGUUGGAGCGUUAACUUUCGACAAUCAAGUAGUUAGGGAGCAACUAUUUCCCAUGAACAAAUAUACCAGCUUAAAAGAAGUCUUAAAUGCUAUAGCCUUUACCCAAAGGAAACAAAGACGAGGAACUCAUACCGCUUCCGCACUUCAGUACAUGCAUAGCCAAAUGUUUAAUAAUCCAUCGGCAGGCGAUAGAGGAGGAAUAGAUAACAUAGCCAUCGUUAUUACGGAUGGUAGAUCAAACAUUAACCGAGGAUCGACCAUACGCGAAGCGUCAAAUGCAAAAUCAAAGAGAAUCCGUCUAAUGACUGUUGGAGUUGGCAAUGGAGUUGAUACAAAAGAAUUAUCUGAUAUGGCAACCAAUCCGGAUUCAGACAACGUCUUCAGAUUAAAAGACCUAAACGAUGGUUCAGUAAACGAAGUCUCCAACAAUAUUUUACAAAGGUUGUGCGGGUGACGAUUUCUAUUUAGUUUUCCUUUGCCAAUUAAUGUUUAUAAAAUAUAUAUAUAUCUAUUAUACAUUAUAUGUAUAAACAAUAUAUAUAUAUACUGUAUAUAUAUAUAUAUAUAUAUUCAUAUUUUCGUAUUUAAUAAUCCGAACCAUAGUGAACCAUU